UCGUCAUGCGGCGCGAACACAUUUUUAUCUGCAGUUUAAUGUGGCUUCUUCUCUUCCUGCUUUCCGAAAGACUUUUCGCGAAUGGAGAAUCAGGAAACGAUUAUUCGAAAGGAUGCGCUCAUCUACAUUGUGAGAAUGGUAGCCGUUGCGUAAAACGAAGAUUUUGGUGCAAGGAUCCUCCUUGCCCUGGCAUGUUGUAUUGUUCUAAAUCGAGAAGAGAAUCCUUGAAGGGACCUCUAACGUGCGAUACUGUUCGUUGCAACAGAGGACACGUGUGCAUCAUCAAAGUUCGGGGAUGUCAUUGGGGUGGAAAGUGUAAGCAACAAUUAGCACGCUGCGUAUUGGAAAAAGAAUAUUACGAGGGUGCAGCUUCCUGCGCCGGUUUCGAAUGUCCGUCAGGAAAACGUUGCAUCUUGCGAGAAAUCUUCUGCGUUAGUCCACCGUGCAAACUGAUCAAAAGUUGCGAAAAUGAAGAAGAUGUACAAACUUGGUUCGACCAAUGCAAAAGUUUGAACUGCGCCUCGGAAUACGAGUGUUUCUUGCGAAGGCCAGAAAACAAUUGUCGCAAUCCGUUGUGCACACAUACGCCUGAUUGUACGCUCACCAUCGAAGACGAGCUAAUCAGUAAAUAUUGCUACGGUUGGAUCUGUCCACGAGCGCAAAAAUGUGUAGUGCGAAUUGUAGAUUCGUGUAAGGGUUUUAAUUGUACCAUCGAGCGAUCGUGUCGUGCAUCUUCAGUCUCGUCCACUAAACGCAACGCGAAUAACGAGGUCUCUAAGCAAUCUUCAACCAGAAGAACCUUGGUGCAAGCCGAGAGGGAAUUGAUUCGCCAGGCGCUAGAGAGAAGAACGAAUUACCCAACUACAAGCAAAAAGCCGACUUUACCAGUGACUUCAACGAGGAGACAAAGUAUUCACUAUACAACUUCUGUAAAGCAAGGGACAGAAGUUUCGUUGAUUCAUCAGCAAAUUACAGCAACGAGGCCAAAUUUAAUCACAGAAUCAUCAACGAAUGAACUAUAUUUGACGUUGCCUUAUCCUCGAGUUCAAUUGCAUCACAAUAAACCCUUUCCAAUCAACGAUGGCAAAGUUUUCCAGAGUUCAACUUCUCCGGCAACUGUACCCACUGAUGGGAAGACUGAGCCAACUAUGUCGGGUGAUGCAGAUAAAUUAGAAACUCCAAGAAAGAUCUACAUAACAACUAACAACGAGUUCCCCCUUCCCAUGAUGUUAGAGGACAUUAACUUCUUUGACCAAGGUUAUCCAAUCUGGAUAAAAAAUCUGGAUCCAUAUCGUUCGUGGGAAGUGAAGGACGAAGAGGGAUGGAGAUACCACGCGCCACAAGAACCGUACAAGAUUUUAUUGCCGCCGUAUGAGCCGGUGAUCCUUGUCGAAGAUAUGGGAAAACGAGGACAAUUUCUACCAUUCUUCACUGACACAUUCUUCACUGACCUUUUUAGAGAAGCGGCUUCAAUACCUUUGCCAGAAAUAACACCUGCAGAUAUUGGAAAUUUGAAGACGGAUAAUACUUCAACGAUUGCAGAUGAGACUAUUGAUUAUACAAAUAUAAGUUCUACAAUUGCCAAGAUAGAAAAUAUCAAGACGAAUCAUACCGAUAAAUCGCCCAACGAUCAUAGGAGUUUCCCGAUGACGGAAAAAAUAAGCACUGCUUCGCUAAAUAUUCGUAACAAAGAGCUAGAUAACUCUGACGAUUACGAGUGGCGACCAUGGUAUAUGAUUCAUGAUUAUCUGGAACGGAAUGAGCCCCAGUCAAGCCGCGAACAAGGAUCCAAACCAAACGUCACUGAUGUCGCAAUUGAUAAUCUGUGUAAAAAUGAUUCUCUAAAGUUAUCAAAACGUGAUGACAGUUACCGUUAUCUUCGAGAAAAUACGUUCUCCUUGGAAUUAACGCGCGACGAUUUGAUAAAGUCCUUUCCCUGCCGAUACCGACGUACGUUAUUUACUAUCGACAUAAAAGAACCGAGAACGAGCUCAGUUUCAAUCAGAUCCGCCAAAGUAAAUUGUUAUCUUACGAUGAGUUGCAAUUGUCCGUUGACUACGUCCGCAGGGCCCACUUUGGCUUCGACAUGCGGUGGCUCGUCCUUCAUGCUCUUCAUGGGGCUGCUCGAAGUCUUCUUGCGUAGUCAAUGCGACCUCGAGGACCCGUGUAAUAGACCUGCGCCACCGAGCAGCGUCAAUACGAGGUACGAUUUCGUAGUGAUUGGAGGCGGUAGCGCUGGGGCGACCGUCGCGGCCAGAUUGUCGGAAGAGCCGAGAUUUUCCGUAUUGCUGUUGGAAGCUGGCUUGGACGAGCCAACGGGCACCCAGAUACCUUCCUUCUUCUUCAACUUCAUCGGCAGCGACAUCGACUGGCAGUACAUCACAGAGAGCGAGGACGAAGCUUGCUUGAACAAGGAACACAAAAAAUGUUACUGGCCUAGAGGAAAAGUCCUCGGAGGUACGAGCGUUAUGAACGGGAUGAUGUAUAUGAGAGGCUCGCGCAAGGAUUACGACGACUGGGCCAAGCUCGGCAACGUCGGAUGGUCCUAUCGCGACGUCCUACCGUUUUUUAUACGGAGCGAGGAUAAUCAGCAAGUGAACAGCAUGGAUUACGGCUAUCAUGGGGUCGGCGGGCCACUCACGGUCAUGCAGUUUCCUUACCAUCCUCCAUUAAGUACCUCUCUCUUGGAAGCUGGAAAAGAAUUAGGAUAUGAUACGGUUGAUCUGAACGGACGAACCCACACCGGGUUCGCCAUAGCGCAGACCACAUCCAGGAAUGGUUCACGUCUUUCCACGGCGCGCGCCUUCCUGCGUCCCGCUCGGAACCGCCCGAAUCUCCACAUAAUGCUAAACUCGACGGCGACGAGGAUCCUCUUCGACGAGAAUAACAGGGCGGUCGGUGUCGAGUUCCUUCACGACGGAAUGAUGAAACACGUGUCGGUGGCGAAGGAGGUGAUCGUGAGCGGAGGUGCCGUUAAUUCGCCGCAAAUCCUCUUAAAUAGCGGCAUAGGACCUCGGGAUGAACUUAAUACAGUGGGAGUGCCGGUUGUUCGUGAUCUCCCGGGUGUCGGCAAAAAUCUUCACAAUCAUGUUGCCUACGCGUUAACCUUCACCAUCAACGAUACCGAUACUACUCCUCUCAAUUGGGCGACCGCUAUGGAAUAUUUGCUCUUCAGGGAUGGCCUGAUGUCUGGAACAGGAAUAUCCGAAGUGACAGCAAUGAUAAACACUAAGUACGCGAAUCCGAAAGAAGAUCAUCCCGAUGUGCAGCUAAUCUUCGGCGGUUAUCUGGCCGAUUGCGCGGAGACUGGUAUGGUGGGCGAAAAGAAGGGUGCGAACCGCAGCAUCUACGUCAUCCCGACUAUCUUGCAUCCGAAAAGUCGCGGUUAUCUACGCUUACGAAACAACGAUCCUCUCUCGAAGCCGCUGAUCUACCCCAAAUACUUGACUCAUCCCGACGAUUCAGCAGCUCUCGUGGAAGCCGUUAAGUUCAGUAUCCGAUUAACGGAGACUCAGGCUCUCAAAAGGUAUGGUUUCGAGCUGGACCGAACUCCCGUGAAGAAUUGCGAGAACCUCAAGUUCGGUUGCGAUGCUUACUGGGAAUGUGCAAUUCGUCAUGACACUGCACCCGAGAAUCAUCAGGCGGGAUCCUGCAAAAUGGGACCGCCAGACGAUCCAAUGGCCGUGGUUGACAAUCAAUUGCGAGUCAGAGGAGUGCGAGGUGUAAGAGUGGCCGACACAAGCGUCAUGCCAAGGGUCACAUCCGGCAAUACGAAUGCGCCAGCGAUUAUGAUCGGUGAAAGAGCGGCAGAUUUCAUUAAGAAGACCUGGAUCGGUUGAUUCGACACUGUUAAUCAAACGAUUCAAUAUUGCACUGUCGUACUAUUAUUUCAUUAAAGACAUUGUGUUUCUCACACAGAUAAAUAAGUGAAAGGAAGAAAUAUAGAAAACGUACAAUAUUUAUAUAAAAAAGUAUAAGUACAUAUAUGUAUAGUUAUUACUAGAUAUUUUGAAGAUAAAUAAUGUAAAAAUUAAGUGGAAUACUCGCAUACACGUGCGCGCACAUAUAUACGUAUACUAUUUUGGGGAUUAUUGUGUUACUUCGAAUCUCCUACCGUACAAGAUAAGAAAUAGACAUUUUACGUAAUACAGGUUCGUAUCCUUUUUUUAUAGA